UUGAUUACGAUAACUAGACUGGAUGGUAUUGCCACACGCACAGGCCGUAACUUCAAUUGAUAAAUGAAAUCGUUGUAAAAAAAUAACUAUGAUAAUUAUAAAGCCUAUCUUUCGCGGGUUUUCACCGUCGAAGUUUAUUAGAUUUUCGUAUUCGACGAAUACGGGAUUAUUAAGCGAUAUAAAUGUAUUAGAUUUGUCGAGAAUCAUCGCGGGGCCUGUGUGUACUAUGAACCUUGGAGACUUAGGCGCGAAUGUUAUUAAAGUUGAAAGUUUUGAGGGUGACGAAACGAGAAAAUGGGGCCCACCAUUUAUUAAAGAAAAUGAUUCAUAUUAUUUCCUAUCCGUUAACAGAAAUAAAAAGAGUAUUUGUGUUGAUUUAAAAAGCUUGGAAGGGAAAUCAGUUAUUUAUGACUUGGCAAAGAAAUCUGAUGUUGUUGUAGAAAACUUUCUCUCCGGAAAGUUGGAUAAAUUGGAUGUUGGAUAUAAGAAACUAAGUCAAGUUAAUCCAAAACUCAUUUAUUGUGCUAUAACUGGGUUUGGGCCUACAGGACCUUAUGCUAUGAAACCAGGUUACGAUGUUAUCGCAGCAGCAAUGGGAGGGUUCUUAAACUCAACUGGUGAGAGGAACGGUAGACCUGUAAAGGCUGGUGUAGCCAUAACUGACAUCACCACAGGGUUACAUGCGUUUGGUGCAAUUAUGACUGCACUUUACUAUAGAAAAAAUACUGGCAAAGGACAGAAGAUUGACUGUAAUCUACUCUCCACGCAAAUCUCUAGCAUGAUUAAUAUAGCAAAUAAUUACUUGAACUGCGGCAUUGAGGGUGAGAAAUGGGGAACGGCUCACGCUAAUCUGGUUCCGUACCAGUCUUUUAAAACUAACGAUGGAGAGAUGGUUAUAGGCACAGGCUCCAACGCUCAGUUUGCAGACUUCUGCCGACUCAUACAGAGAGAGGAUUUAAUUGAAGACGAAAGAUUCAAAGACAAUGCGGCGCGUGUAGCAAAUCGUGAGGAAAUUGUACGAAUUAUCAGUGACGUCAUAGCUACAAAGUCGAAAAAGCAAUGGUUGGAAGUGUUUAAAAAUGCAUCAUUUGCAUAUGGACCAGUUAAUACAAUGAAGGAGGUUUUUGAAGAUGAACAUGUGAAACAGAUAAAGUUGGUUAAAGAGUUGGAGCAUCCGGAUGCCGGAAAGAUCAGGAUGGUUGGUCCACCCACUGUGUAUUCUGAAGGUGGUAAUGAGGUCAGGUUGCCACCUCCGAAGUUAGGGCAACACACGCGAGAUGUGUUGGCGAAUUUUCUAGGUUAUCAUGAUACGAAAAUUGAGGGCUUGAUGAAUAAUAAAGUUGUCAGAUAAUUUAUUGAUGAUAUAUAUUUUCAGGAGUCAGUGGAACGCGUGACCGUGAUCACGUUACGGCCGACGAAACAACAAGCACGCAAGAAGGUGGUGUGGACUGAGGACACAGUGGAUAAUGAGCAUAUGAAUAAGAAGAAGUCGAAAUGUUGUUGUAUAUACGAGAAGCCGCGGCGCUUCGACGAGUCGGACACGGAGAGCGACGACGAGUGCGAGCACUGCUUCGGCCAUGUUGAAAAGCGGAAGAGACCCGCCGGCACCAGCGGUGCUGCGGUACAGGAAGCAACGGAACAAACCGCAUCAAUAACGCUACAGCCGCCGGAGCCUGCGCCCGCGCCGCCCGACAAGCCGCCCGCUGAUACUUAGACACUUAAUAAAUAUAUAUUAUUACUAAACAUAUUUCCAUUUUACAACUCAUGAUUAUACAAAUAAAAGGCGUAGGUAUAUGCUUAAGUCAA